AGGCAAAAUCUCCACCAGAGUCUGUUGAUGCAUAAGUGGUUAAAAAAAAAGAAGGCACUGGGAAUGAAAAAAGGGCAGAAAGGGUUCAUGAAGAUGGUAUUGGGCCGUCAAUCAUCAUUUGCAAUUGCGCUCUUUGGGGCGGAGUUUAGCAGUAUCUUCUUUUUCUUCUUCUGGGUCGGAAUUGAGCCAGAUUCUUCCUAAUUGUGUGUCUGGGAAGCACCCCGCUCCAGACGGUGUCCGGUGACAGGCAAGGUUGCAGUUAAUUAUUCAGUGGUGUGUCGUCUAAAAUAUUAAAUGGGUCACACAGAGUGGACAUUCUUCUAUGCUGGCUAGGGGACCUCAUUGGAUUACUCGCAGGGAUCGUGUCCAGUGAAGACGAUUUCGAACACCUCAAAGUGAAGUCUUGAGAUCAGACAGCUCAGAGUUCUCACUGGAAUGUGGAUACUUUCUGCGAGUGUUAUCAUCUCUGACCACUUGAAAACUGCCUUUGUGAUACUGCUCACGACAUGGAUCCUUGCAGCGGUCAACGCAGCACUGCCAAGACCCAAACUGUACGGCAAAGCCAUUGCACACCGAGAUCUCGACACACGAUAUGCCAACACCAAGAAAAAAAUAGUGCUCAUUCAUAAUUUUUACAGAGCAAGAGUCAAUCCACCGGCUAAGAACAUGCUAGAAAUGAGUUGGCACAAAGGGGCUCAAGAAGCAGCUCAGAAGUGGGCGGGUGCUUGCCAAUUCCUUGUUCAUGAUAAACCAAUCAGCAGAUGGUUAGAAGAUUAUGGAUCAUGUGGCCAAAAUAUUUUUGUCUCAAACGUAGAAGUAGACUGGAUGUUUGUAGCUAAGGCUUGGUUCAUGGAAAAUCAAAAUUUCACUUACGGAAGUACUAACAACAAUGUUACCAUUGUUGGACAUUAUACGCAGAUGGUGUGGUACAAUAGCCAUCGAGUUGGCUGUGGUUUCAAAUACUGCAGCAAGGAUGUCGUAAGCAAGCCAUUUUUCAACUAUGUUUGUAAUUAUUGUCCUAUUGGCAAUCAUCCAAAGCGUCUGGGAAGACCUUACGCUGCUGGGAAACCUUGCGAAAAGUGCCCAGGCCAUUGUAAAUAUAAGAAAUUAUGCACAAACAGUUGCCCAUAUUCGGAUUUGUGGGUCAAUUGCGUCGAUCUCAACUCAACAUGGCAUUCCUGGCUAUGCAAUGAAACAGAAAAUGCUAAACACAAAGCAUGCCAAGCUACUUGUAAGUGUCCCAACGCUAUCAGGUGAACGCUUCUGCUGUUUCUGAAACGUGGAAAUUAUUUUCGAGGAGAAUUCGAUGUCUUCAAACAUCUACAACAACCUCAUCGCAAAAUUCUUUGUAAUUGCUUUGUAACACUUUCAUACCAUCUUUUUCUUGAAACUUCAAAGCCUUCCUAUUCGCUCUAGAAUAUUGUGAGUUUUAAAACUCAGUAGCUGUCUUAUGAUGGAUAACUACACUUAAUUAUUGAUUUGUAUGAUGUUUGAUUUAUUUAUAAAACGUUUGAAUAAUGUGGUUGAACACCAUAUACACUGCAAGUGACUUUUAAGUUAUCAAAACUGUACAAAGGUUAAUAUGUAAAAAAAAAAAAACCCCUGAAAUAUUUUAGAGUUGUUUGUUUUUAUAUCAUUUUUCGAGUCGAUAUAAAUAUAAUUAAAUAUUUCUUAUUGUUGUUACUUAGAUAACAAAGAAGUGAUCUUGCUGAAUUUUAUAAAUAUAUACUUAAGAAUUGAUUCUCCAUUUUAAAAAAUGCAUAAAAAUGUUAUUUUAAUUGUUCAGAUUUGUUAAUUUAUUACUCAUUUUAAUUAGACCCUAUUAGCGCAAAGUUCUCAUACAUUCUCAUUUUGAUAUACUUAACAAUAUUUUACGGCAAUCAGAAUAUCGAACACUUCCAUAAAGACACGUAUAAUAAAUACAAAUAAGGCUAAUAGAAUAUAUGGAACAUGGAUUGAAAUUCCCUGGCAAUUUCAACAAUUCAGUUACUGUUUUUAAAAAUAAUUUACAAUGUAAAUAAAGAGUACGCUGUUUAAAAUUGCAUGCUGUGCAAGUAUUUUAAAAAGUUCAGCAUGUUGGAAGUGGAGCAAAUUUUGAUCACCGACAGUAUCUUCGAUACAAAUUUUUUUUUUUUGUUUGUU